AUGGGCACCGAGGAUGAAGGCCCAGCGCCAGAUUGCCAGCAGCAGUUCCAGGCUGCAGUCAGCGUCAUUCAGAGCUUGCCCAAGAACGGCUCUUACCGUCCCUCCUACGAAGAGAUGCUGCGGUUCUACAGCUACUACAAACAAGCUACCAUGGGGCCCUGCCUGGUUCCGAGGCCUGGUUUCUGGGACCCUAUUGGACGCUAUAAGUGGGAUGCCUGGAACAGCCUGGGCAAGAUGAGCAGGGAGGAAGCCAUGUCCGCCUAUAUUGCUGAGAUGAAGGUGGUGGCACAGAAGGUGAUCGACACAGUGCCACUGGGUGAGGUAGCAGAGGACAUGUUUGGUUACUUCGAGCCUCUGUACCAGAUGAUCCCUGACAUGCCAAGACCCCCAGAAGCCUUCCUGAGAAGAGUUACAGGUCAGAAGGAGCAGGUGCUGAACGGAAAUGGUGGGGCUAAUAAGGAACUUCCGUGCCCCCCUAAGGACCCCACCUCUCCGGGCCCAGAAUCCCAACCUCCCAGGGAUCUGGACUCUGAGGUUUUUUGUGACUCCCUGGAGCAGCUGGAGCCAGAGCUGGGCUGGGCUGAGCAGAGGGGAGCUCCAGGAGAGACCAACAGCAGGACCAGCCCUGGGCCCACUGCCUCCAGGGAAAAAGAGGACUUGAGGGGUAACUUGCUGGGACCCCAGGAACUGGACACAUGGCUGGUGGGGACAGUUCGAGCUCUACAAGAAAGCAUGCAGGAUGUCCAGGGGAGACUGCAGAGCCUGGAGAGCAUGCCUCGCCCCCACAAACAGAGACCUCCACCCAGUGCCAGACCAUGGCCCCUCAGGCUCUCGGGUCCCACGCUGCUCUUCUUCCUCCUGUGGCCCUUCGUUGUCCAGUGGCUCUUCAGACAGUUUCGGACCCUGAGGAGGUGA